CGGAAAUAAUUUCUUAGUGGCGACGUUAGUGAGUUGCUUGUCUUUCUUCCUAAUUUUAACGUCUCGACUAUAAAGCAGAUUCUGCCUGCAGGGUAGAGCAGCAGCUAGUGUGUUAGUUUUUCUUCUGCUGUUCUAUGGACUGGUUUGUGUUGCUGUCAUGGGCCUGCAUCGUGUUUACAGUCGGGAUGUUCUCGACUGGACUAACCGACCUGAAAAAAAUGCACGCAUCCAAGAGUGCGAACAAUAUCCAGUUUCUCCCGUUUCUCACCACCUGUCUCAAUAAUCUGGGUUGGUUGUACUAUGGUCUCCUGAAGAAAGACAGGACUCUUAUCCUGGUCAACAUUAUUGGGGCACUUCUUCAGGUCCUUUUCAUCAUAGGGUACUUGAACUACACAAAAGAAAAGGCACGUGUGAUGUCCCAAACUGUGGCAGCGGCAGUCAUGCUGGUCUGCAGUUGGUUCUACUUCAACAUGUUUGUGCCCAGUGGAGAAACUAAACUUAACCAGCUUGGCCUCACCUGCAGCCUUUUCACCAUCAGCAUGUACCUGUCACCGCUCACUGACCUGGUUGAGAUUGUGCGUAGUCGUAAUGUGGAGCGCUUGUCCUUCCCUCUGACUGUGGCCACCUUCCUCACUUCUUCCUCUUGGGUUCUCUAUGGCCUCCAAUUAAAAGACAACUAUAUUGUGGUUCCGAACCUACCUGGAAUCUUUACUAGCCUCAUCAGGUUAUACCUGUUUUGGAGAUUUUCACCUGUCAAUCAAAGCUCACCUUCCUACAAACCACUGGCCAUAUGAGGAAAUGUGACUGAUCAUGAAAAUGGAGGACAAAGGCUUUUAUACCACUAUAGACCAGUGGAAAGCGCUCCCAUAUCAUUUGUUUUUAAUUGUGCACGGAGUCUAGUGGGAAGAAAAGCCAUGCCGCUGUGCUGCCCAUCAGGUUGAGAUGAGGUGUGCUGUCAGCAUAUUCCAGGGUUUCAAUGAGCGCAACUACUCGGGUAGGAUGGGAAGGGAGUUCAGCUGGUUAAAUUCAGUUGCUUUUGGCUACGGUGUGUGUUUAUAUAUGUUUAACUCUUUGAUGUUUUCUGUUAAGUGUGAUUUGACUGUGGUACUUGUCCUAUUUCAGUACCUCUUGGAUCACACAUUCAUUAUAAGACAAAUGGCUUUUGAUGAUUAAGCGACAGGUCAGAUGCUUGCAGUCCAGCAGUUCUCAAAGUCAUGAAAGAUAUUAUUUUCAGAAGUUAGGAAUGGAUGAAUGUUAGUGUGCAUAACAUAAUGUACAACAAGAAUACUUCUUUAUAAUGCACCUUGGCCAUGUCAUAUGGCACAGCCUUCUAAAGGCACCCAACAAAGUUGUCUUCACCUCUAAAUAUCAUUGUGUAACAGGGAUGUGAGCUCCUUUUCCCUACACUGUAAAACUCGAUGAGUUAUUACAACACAACUUAACCGAUUGCCUUAAAUGUUUACGUUUAGAUAACUCAAAUAAUUCAAGUACACAAACAUAUACUAAUGAAGUACCAUAAUUAAAAUAGCUUAUUUCAUACGAUACAUCAAUCUUAAUAGGUUGAAGUAUUUUGUAGUCAUUCAUGUCAUUCCUGCAAAUGAUUUGAAAUAUGUAAUACAUAAAAAAAAACACUUGUACCAUUUCAACAAAAAGCCUCGGUUUUGACUAAUUCAUAUUUACAGCCAAUGACUCCAGGGACUGGAAGCAACUUUGUGUUUAAUUUCUUGUUCAAGGAAACUGUACCACCCAGAAACAGCCAGGGACUGAUCUGCUGACCUCUUAGUUCACCAGCACCCUGCUGUACUAUCAUGGCUGCCAAACAGGAUUACCUCAUCACUGAAAUGCAACAAAAAAAUGAAUUUUUUUUUGGUGGGUAAAUUGACCUGAAAAUGCACCACAAUGCAUCUGAGAGUGUCUGAUAUGUCAAUUUUUUUUUCUGGGUAACCCCCACACCCACUGUGAAUUAAUGGAAAAUACUUCAUAUUAUUUUAUCAAGAGGUUAUGAGUUCAUGUAACACAAUUGAAUCAAGUUAAUUUUACUAUAUUCCAAUAAUUUUUAAUUGGUUGGUUACUGGAGCCAACUGAACUUAACUGGUUGAAGGUAAUCACUUUCCUCAAUUCAUCUGAGUAUUUUGUCAGGCUUUACAGUGUACCAGUGCCAGAGAAUGUGAGCAGAUCAACAUGAUGGAGCUGUGAGCUAAUCCUUCAGAUACUGGGUGGGACCUGGGUACAUCUUGAGCACCCUGUGCAGGUCACUAAUAUAUCACAGAGCUAACUUGUAUGGAUGGCAGACCUGCCAACUACAAGACAUUUUGUAUAUCUAGCACAUAUUCAACAAAAAAUAUUUUCUCUUUUGCAAGCAGCAGUAAGUAAAAUCUGAAAAGCUACUACUAACAUUUUUGUGUAUGUCCUUUACAGUAAAAACAAUUUAACAUUGUUUGCAUUCACGUUGACAGUUUAAAAAAAAAAAAA